UCCGUGCCACCCAGUGUUCCGGUUUCUUUACGGCAGGCUUUGGAAGGGGGCGGAGUGUUUCCCGUCAGACUGUUUUUCGUGCCACACGCGGUUCCUGCUGUUGGAUACCAGGAGCUGAACUGAAGGGAGGGGGGGGUUGGUUCGAGUCGGACUGUUUUCCGUGCCACGCGCGGGUCCUGCUGUUGGACCAGGAGCCGCCAUGUCGAGCUCUUACAGGAGCCGGAUUCAAGAGUUCAAUGUAGCCUUGAGCGAAGAGAAGAUUAACUUGAAAUCUCUUCGAGAGCUCUGCUUUGGCGGAAUCCCUUUUGAAGGAGGAAUCCGGGCUCUGUGCUGGAAGAUUCUGCUGAACUACCUUCCGCUGGAGAGGUCACUAUGGGACUCCUUCCUGAAGAAACAGCGGGAGGUGUACGCCCAGUUCCUCAGGGAGAUGAUCAUCCAGCCCGGCAUUGCCAAGGCCAACCUCGGCUUCUCCCGAGAAGACGUCACGUUGGAGGACCAUCCUUUGAAUCCAAACCCAGACAGCAGGUGGAACAACUACUUCAAGGACAACGAGGUGCUCUUGCAGAUCGAUAAAGACGUCAGGCGUCUGUACCCUGACAUGGCCUUCUUCCAGAGGGCCACAGAGUACCCGUGCCUGCUCAUCCUGGACCCCCAGAACGAGUACGAGACACUGAGGCGGCGUGUGGAGCAGACCACCCUCAAGGCGCAGACCGUGGACAGGAACCGCAGCGGCGUCACAAACGUGAGCUCCCCAGGGAAAGCCCAGAAUCUCUACCCAUCCAAUGAGUUUGAGGUACUGCCGCCAGGCAGCGAGGCCCACUGGGAGGUUGUGGAACGCAUUCUCUUUGUGUACGCCAAGCUGAACCCGGGCAUCGCCUACGUGCAGGGCAUGAAUGAGAUUGUGGGACCCAUCUACUACACCUUCGCCACGGACCCCAACUGCCAGUGGAAAGAGCAUGCCGAGGCAGACACCUUUUUCUGCUUUACCAACCUUAUGUCGGAGAACAGGGACAACUUCAUCAAGAGCCUGGACGACUCGCAGUGCGGCAUCACCUGCAAGAUGGAGAGCGUCUACUCCACCCUCAAGGAGAAGGACGUGGAGCUCUACCUCAAACUGCAGGAGCAGAACAUCAAGCCGCAAUACUUCACCUUCCGCUGGCUCACCCUGCUCCUCUCCCAGGAGUUCCUGCUCCCGGAUGUCAUCCGCAUCUGGGACACGCUUUUCUCCGAUAAGGACCGCUUUGAAUUCCUCAUCCUCGUGUGCUGCGCCAUGCUGAUUCUAAUUCGGGACCAGUUGCUGGCUGGAGACUUCACGGUCAACAUGAGGCUGUUACAGGAUUACCCCAUCUCCGACGUCCACAGAAUCUUGCAGAAAGCCAAAGAACUGCAGGAUGAAUCCUAACUGCCGGGCCUCUUCCCUCCCAGCCCUCCCUUCUGCUCCCACUGCACUCUGGGAAGCCUUAACCGUGGCGCACAUCGGCAGUGGCAGCAGCAUCACAGCAGACCCUAAAUACGAAGACCCCCCGCCUUGUGAUACCUGCGUCCUGCUGCCGUGCAUUAUGGGACAAAUGCUUCCAUAGGCUUCCCCUCUGCACAAGCCCCUCCCACAAACGGUAUCCUGUUUUCUAGUGUUUGUUUCAAAUCGAAGACUUGAAAACCAGAAAAAGCAAAACUAAUACAUAAUUAGCAAUUCCUACAACAAUAUUUGUGAAUGCAUACAAAAGUGAGAACAAAUAACACUCCGAGACUGUUAUUUUUGAGUAAGGAAUUCAGUCUUCUUGGCAUUUACUUUUAUGUUUUGAAGUAUUCAUUUUUAAUGUUUUCUUUUUUAAAACCGGUUAUUGAGUGAAGAACUUAAUUAUAUUUUUUAGCAAAUAUAAGCAUUAAGUGGAGAAGAAAAGGCAUUAAGAGGCUGGAAUCCUGCCAGCAGCUGGACAGGUGUACCCCUGGGGGUGUGUACACCUUCAGAUAGCAGGAUGAAUGUCUUUACCGUGGUCCCUCUUUGCGGAAGGGGAACCUGCGCAAAACACUCUUCUUGACAUCAUCCUAGUUUUAUUCGUUGACUGUUUGCUCGUUUUGUCUUACGUUGUGUGUACAUGCCAUGUGGCACCAUGUAUAUGUGAGGCCCUUAUGUUUUUGGUGUGGGUGUUUACGCCAUGUACGAUCAAGUGUCUUUUGGACACCUUGUGUCCUUUGAACUUUGACCUCUGGAUCGUGACUCAGACAGGGUUCAGCUCUUAGUACGCGGGUUCAGGGUUCAGCCGGACAAAUGCGGCACCCACAUGACUAGUGUUAACUGCCCUCACGCUCUCUGCCCCCCCCCAUCUUCUCUGACAUCAAAGUGUGUGUGUUGGUUGUGUUGUUCACCAGGGCUCUACUCGAGGACCCAAAAUUCUGCACCUUUGUGAUCCUGCUACAGGCUUUUAUUAUUCUCACACGUUCAUCAUACAGGAACAUUAGCAGUGCUGCUUAUUAAUCUUUAAUCAAUAGCAUUAAGCUGAAGUGUGUGUUGUCCACAGGUGUUCUACAGCUGAAAUACUACUCUAGAGUUAUUUGCAGGGACGGUGAGGAUUGGUGGAGUGUGGAAUGUGUCGAACACGUUAGUUACUGAUGUACCAGAAGGUGUGGAAGAGGGUAAAUUUUGCUCCAAGUUUGCUCCCUGAGCUCAGCUUCUCCCCAAAGACCUCCACACCAGCACCGGGAUGCCUGGCUGGCUGUAUGGAUGUGGGAACAUCAGGGUUGAGCGGAGGACCAGUGAUGGAAUGGAUCAUUUCUGUCAAACCCCAUCACACGCAGUUAAGGAACUGUCAGUGCCAGACUUCUCCCAGCUGCUGAAAUGUUUGUUCUGUUGGUCCUCUCCCUUGAUGAUGUUUUAAACAUGUGGGUGUGGGGGACUCUGCUUCCCCUGCUGGUUCCCUCGUUUUAGUGCUAGAAAGAAGGAGAUGUGACCACGGUUCUCACGGUCGUAAGCUGCAGGAGAAGUCGUCCCUGUCUCUCAGCUCCUGUGGCUCCAUCGUCCUGCAAGGCCAUGGGGAACCGCGCCUUCGUGCAUUCUUAUGGACGAAUGAACAUGCAUGACCGCAGCUCCACCUGUGUUCGCCGUACUUUAUCAUCAUCAGUUAUAAGCUGGUUGUGCCGAAAGGCCUGUUUUCCAAUCGACUUGAGCGUUUAGAACGUCCCGACUUCAGAAUGUAGGUCCCGUUCUGUUGGUGUACAUGCUUGGAGUCACAUGCUCUAUCACUCCCAGCAUCUCAUAGAGCAAAUUCUGCUUGAGAUGUUGAACUCCAUGUGUCUGUGAAACAACUUCUAGGUUCACGCAGAAAGAACAGUAAAUAAACAUACAGGUCAUCCUCCACUAAAAAAUGGGGAUCUGUUCCAACGACCUCGUCGUGAGUCGCAAACCCCCCCUUGCAAUGUAUUAUAUGGGCCAUAAGAACAUAUAAAGCAUUAAUUAACAUGCAAGAAUGCUACAUUGUAUAGUAGGGCUUUGUUACUCUCCCC